AGAGAGAGACUGGUAAACGGCAAUGGCGUCUUCAAUGAUAAAGCUCAAUUCUUUGUUUGUAACUUGUAAGCUAAUUAAUAACCCAAAUUAAAAUAAACUAGAGGCUAAGUUAAAGAACCCUAUUGGUUCCAUACACUUCACAUUUCAUUCAUUUGUAUAUAAUCUACCUAUCACUCUACGUGCCUCACAACAAUCUAGCUUGGAUAUUAUCACUUUAACUAUGGCUUCGUUCAAACCCCUCUUGUUUCUCUUCCUUUCUUCUCUUUUGCUCCAUGCUUCCCUAGCUGAGAUUAUUUGCGAGGAUUUGCCAAAGGAUGCGUGUGCGUUUUCGAUAGCAACAUCUGGGAAGAGAUGUUUGUUGGAAACAUCGGUGAAGAAAGACGGCUACGAAUGCCGAACUUCAGAGGUGGUGGUGGUGUCGUUGGCCGAUUAUAUCGAAAGCGAUGAAUGUGUACGUGCUUGUGGGGUUGAUAGAACUUCCACCGGUUUUUCAUCCGAUUCCCUUCUCGAGCCACAAUUCACUGCCAAGCUUUGCUCCCCGGCUUGCUACCAAUACUGCCCCAACAUUGUCGACCUUUACUUCAAUUUGGCCGCCGGUGAAGGAGUGCUUCUGGCAGAUCUCUGUGAGGCUCAGCGCACCGACCCUCGGCGGACAUUGAUGGAGCUCUUGAGCUCCGGUGCUGCCCCUGGUCCAGUUUCUAGUGAAUCAGGGUCAUUGUUCGGUGUUACUCCUGCCUCAGCUCCUCUGUGAUCAAGUUACUGGUCUUGGUCUUGUCAUAAUCGAUUAGCUUCGAUACGUAAAUUUUGGCUUGAGGAAUAAUAUCUUUAUAUGAUUGGAAUUCACUAAGGGCUAUAUGUUCGCUAUCAUGUUAGAAAAAGAAAAGGUUUUAACCAUGAACAAUUAAUGGUAUUGGUAAUAUACUAUCUACCUUUUUGUUUAUAAAUGCAAAUUAUACCAGGCAGCCUGGCUUAGUUAUAUAAGGAAAAAAAGAAGCAUUUCCAAAGUAUAAAAAAAAGGAAGGGCCAGGAAACCAGCACAUGAAAACAGCAAGAAAAAAUGGGAAUGCCAUGUGCUAGAUCCUGUCAACUUCAGCCUUUUUUUGCUUGCAGGAAUCAUAGUUUCAAAGCAACAUCAACGGGCCACAAUUCCUACCCCUUUUUACUUUUCAUUGUAUUUAUAUUCUAUGUCCCCCACCUGCAAUCCUGUCUUGAAAUGAAAUAUAAAACAUUUAAAUUCUCACUUUAAAAA